AAGCCACGUGUUUUUUUCUCUAUACUCCAAAUGGCCCCUGCUGACUGAUGAUUCUCCCACCGUCUGAUCUGAUAAUCAAGCAAACUGUGCAAUUGCUUUUAACUCGAGUCACAGUCACCUUCACCUUUCUCUUUACUCUUUUUUUUUUCUUUUGAUAUUUUGUUACAACAGACACAAAGGACAGCGGCAACAAGAACACGGAACAGGGGCUGUAAAUUCCUUUACACAUUCCCUAGAGCUCAACUGCUGAAGACACUCAAGCUCUAUUUACGGCCUCCAAUGGCAUAGGCCUAGCCACUUCUCUGCUCUCUGCUUCGUUGUAUGCGUGUCUGAACAAGGGGUAAAAGAAAGGAGACAACAGACAUCCAAGAAAGGCAGCAAGAGAAUCUCCUGUUGUCCAUGGAAAAGAAGAAGAAGGACAACAAGCUCCAGCUAACCAGCCAAGAAGCUGAGACGAAUGAGUUCGAGGGCAAGGAAGAUCAAAACCAAACUGGUAUCCCCAGAAAGAAUCCCAGAAAUGGUAGCCCUCCACAUGAGAAUGCUCCACCCGUGGGUCAGCAAUAUCAACCUAUUUUUCAAUGGCCAUACACACCUCAACCCACUCUCCAACAGUCUCCAAUGAUUCCCAGACCUCUUCCCACCCAACAAAUCCCAACACUUCUUUUAAACAGAUGGCAAUCACCAUUAUUAAGCACACCCCAACAACCACAGCAGCAGCAACAGAGUGUCAUUAAUAAUCAGUUCCAACAGGGCCAGCUACCAUACCAAGCAAGCCAAACGAGCGUGACAAUGUGGUUACCCCCACGUCCUGGAUUCCACGCACUGGGAGGAGCUUAUCAGCCCGCUGUUCCUAUGGGAACCACAGACUCCAGCUGGCAAACUUCAUUCGUAGCCGGAGGAAAUUCCUCAAGAAAUGAACCCCAUGUUCCCGGUUUCUGUUUCCAGGGUGCAUACUCGCAUCCAAUUAGAUGUUCAGGUCCAUGGGAUCCUUCAUCUUGGUGGAGUCAAGGACAGCAAACACAGCCAGCAUAUGCUUUUCCGGGAGCAUAUGGCUACUUUCCUGUAACAUUGCAACCUGCUCUUGACUACUCAGCAUCCUGUGUACGAACCCCUCAGAAAGGAAUAAUCCGACCUCAAACAAAACUUUCUCAAAAGCACCAGCAAAUGUGGGAAGCUCAAUCAAUGGAGAAUGUUCAGCUGUGGACCGCAAUUAGUCAGUUGCAAUCAGAAAUGGCUGCUUAUGGAAACCGCUUAAUGAAGCUUGAAGCAGAGGUUUUGUCUUUGAAGCCAACAAUGGAGGAAAUUCCCGUGGAUCCUGCUAACAAUGCACUAGCUGGACAACAGACAUCAAAGAGAGGGAGACCAAAGAAGCCUAUUGCUACAGUUGAUGGCUUACAUUCUCCCGAUAAGUGCCAACCCCGAUCUCGUGGAAGAAAGCCUACACAGCUCAAGGUUCAAUCCAAAACUAAAGGAAUCAACUCUGAGAAAGGUGUAAACAAGGUGGAAGACAGGGAGAAAGGAUGUCACGCAGCGCUUGUCAAUGAAAAUAAUGCAACUAUUCAGCAGGAAAAUGAUGGAAGGAUUCCAAAGGUUUUCACGAGUGGCAGCAGCAACUUUGAGCUCAACGGGGCAAGUGUGAAGCUUCCAGUAGAAGUUCAAGCAACAACAACACAUCAGGAAUCAUCUGGAACUCAGAUGGGUGGGGCUGGAUUCAAUCCCACUUCAGAGAUAAAAGGCGAUAAUAACAAGGAAGAAGAGAAAAAGACUACCUUUUCCAUAAAUCAGCAGGUCAAGGGAAGCAAUAUUGAAGGUGCAUCCACCACUUACAGAGCAACCGUGGAUAAUGGGAAUAAUAGAUGGCCUUCAAACAUCCUCCCUGAUGACUCUGAGAGAAGCAUUUUGGAUAUGAGAUCCCACUCUUUGUAUGGUUGUGACAGUGUUAUCAGACAGGGAGGGAAGGUUGUACCUGGAUGGGGUUUUGCAAAUGAGGAGAACGCUUCAGAAGAGCAUGAUGAUGUUGUGGUAGGAUCAGGCAAGGAAGAUGAAGAUGAAAUGGAAGAGGAUACCAGUUCAGGUGCUGACGAAAUAGGCCAAGCUAAAGCUGACUGUGCUUACGGCUUAGAUCCUACUGGAGGGACCAGUGAUAAAGUUUUGCCUCAGCUGAACCGGUGGUGACACAACUAUUUGACUGAUUGGAAUUCUUCGUCUACUUAACAGUGCCGAUUGAUACUGGAAUUGUCUGCUCAUCUGGGUAUCUUCCUCAUGCACAUACGGAUUUUCCCAGAAUUUUGUAGUGGGCAGACAACCAUUUGAGACAAUUAAAUUAAUUACCGAAAAAUUAUGCUCACUCCUUUUUAUCAGAAGAAAUCAUUCUAACUUGAUGCA